ACGUGAUGCGUCGCGGGGGGUUGGCUGCUACGGCUAAAUCCCCAAAAGAUCUAAAUCUAAUUUUGCAGAGAUAUUCUAUAGUUCUUCGGUGGUUCAACAUAGCCCCUUAAGAACAGCCAUUUACUUCCCCAUUUUUUCUUUUUCUAAUUGAAUAAUGGAUUCUGUAAUGCCGUUGAGAACCACCACCGCCGCCACCGCAACGGCGGCCUCUGCAGCGGCGACGGUAAGACCCCGGUUCUCAUUUCAACUCCUUGCCAAUCCCAGACCUAGGAAACCGGCAUUCUCCUUGCCAGUUCCAACGACUAUUUUCACGACACACCGAGCUCGAAUUUUGCCCCAAUUUACACCAGUUCGAGCUCAAGAGGAUAAUUCAGCUUUGGUUUCUGAAUCCACCAUUCCUGAAGGAGAUGCUCUCAAAAUCAAGGAGUGGGAAGUAGAAAGAUUCCAAGAUGAAAUUGCUGCAAGUCAGGGUAUAAAAAUUAGAAGGAGGCCGACAACAGGACCUCCUUUGCACUAUGUUGGCCCUUUUGAAUUUCGCAUGCAGAAUGAAGGCAAUACUCCUAUUAACAUUCUAGAAGAAAUUAUCUGGUACAAGGACAAGGAAGUCUCACAGAUGAAAGAGAAGAAACCGCUUCUUCUACUGAAAAAACUGCUUAGCGGUGUUCCACCUACCAGGGAUUUUCUAGGAGCUCUGAAAGAAUCAUAUUCAAGAACUGGAUUGCCUGCUCUUAUAGCUGAAGUGAAGAAGGCUUCUCCAAGUAGAGGUGUUCUGCGUGAAAAUUUUAAUCCAGUUGAGAUCGCCAAAGCUUAUGAAAGAGGUGGAGCAGCAUGCCUUAGUGUUUUGACAGAUCAGAAAUAUUUUCAGGGAAGCUUUGAAAAUCUAGAGGCCAUAAGGAAUGCUGGAGUAGAGUGCCCUUUGUUAUGUAAAGAAUUUGUUAUAGAGGCUUGGCAAAUCUACUAUGCUCGGGUCAAAGGUGCUGAUGCAAUUCUGUUAAUUGCUGCUGUCCUACCAAACCUUGACAUCCAGUAUAUGAUUAAGAUCUGCAAAUUACUUGGAUUGACAGCACUAGUUGAGGUGCAUGAUGAGAUGGAAAUGGACCGUGUCCUCGGAAUUGACGGGGUUGAGCUGAUUGGCAUCAAUAAUAGAGACCUUGGAACUUUCAAGGUGGACAUCAGCAAUACCAAGAAACUUCUGGAAGGAGAGCGUGGGGAAAGAAUUCGGGAGAAGGGCAUUAUUGUUGUUGGGGAAUCUGGACUAUUUACUCCAGCUGAUAUUGGUUAUGUACAAGAAGCUGGUGUCAAAGCGGUGCUAGUUGGUGAGUCUCUUGUCAAACAGGAGGAUCCUGCUAAAGGAAUAAGUGGACUUUUUGGUAAAGACAUCUCCUGCUAAGAUGUAGUCAGCUGACUCCUACUUGUUCCUAUCCAGAGUGGUGAUGUUGAGAUUCUUCCCCACAAUUUUGUCAUCUCUUAACAUUUGUAUUGUUCGUCGCCUGCUUGCAAUAGUGUAAGAUGUAACGUAUGGAUAAUAUGCCCUAUGAAUAGAAAUGAUAAUUUGAUACUUAUUGCUGCGUCGGUUCAAACUAUCAAAUGUGGUGCUUUUUAGGUGUUUUAUAGAACUUUACUCGCACGUACCUAAUGA